AUGGCAUCAAGAUUCCUCCAAAGCUUCUCGCGCUCAGCGCCCAUUGCGACCCGCUCACUCCAGCAACGAAGCGAAGUCCUCGCACCAGUCAUCACCCGCACAUACUCCAUCAACAAGAGCGCUUCAGUCGGCCAGACUGACAAGAACGAUGGCGACCACGCAUCAGUACAAAACCCGGUCAGCCACCCGGAGCAAGACCGCGCAGGCGCGACGGAGGAGACAACGGAGAGUCAAGACAACAUGAAGCAUGACCCGAAGGAGUCGGAUGCGAAGAAGAGGGAGAAGACGCUGAAUUAUGGGCAGAACAAGCCGUUGGAUGCGGCUGACAAAUAG